AACAUCUCACCUUCUUCCUUCAGUCCAAGUGCUGGAGCACGUUCGAGUGACCGCGGAGCGCGUCGGCUGUCAUGGAGUUCAGCAAGAACACGGCGUGAAUCGCGAGGAAGACGAGGGGGACUUUCGAGUCGGAGGAGCGGAGCCACGAGUCGAGCCAUGGCCGCCCGGGAGGAAGGAGAGGUCCCGCACGGCAAAGCAAGGCACCGCGACGGGGCUGGAAGUGCGAGCAGCUCGGAGGGCUUCAGGAACGGCUACGUGAAGAGCUGCGUCACCCCCCUCCAGCAGGACCAGGAGCGGGGCUUCUUGUUCGACGUGGGCCGGUUCUGCAGCGGGGAUGUGCUCCACUCCACUCGGCGGAAGGUCUCGGUCCUCUACGCGGGCGCCUUCGUGGUGGUCGCGGCGUCGCUCCUCGUCUCCCGGAGCCUGCACGGCGACUCGCCCCGGGACCUGGGGACCUUCCUGUGGGGCUGCUCGCAGUCCGCCAGCCCGCUGUUCAGCAUCGGCUGUGCUUUCUUCUUCCUGACCCUGUACCUGCGGGCGAAGCAGCAGGGCAGCGGCGGGAGCAAGUGCUGGCUCGCCUCGCUGCCCGCCUCCUGCUUCCUCGGGGACUUUCUGGUGCUGCGGUUCCUGCAGUGGGGAGAGGAGCAGCACCAGAUGCAAAUGGUGGGCAGGUUGUUGUUCGUGCUGGGCUGCGUGGGUCUGCUCACCCUGGUCCCCACUCUCAAACUCAAACACAGCGUGCUGGUGCUGGUGUUCGCCAGCGUGGUGUGGCUCGUCUCCUUCACCAGUCUGACCGGGCUGCCCGCGCUGCUCCGGCCGCUGCUCGCCUGCCUCGCCGGGCUGUGCGGCUCCGUGACCGGGCUCUGCUUCGACCGGUGCUACCCGUCCAGGGAGGCGCCGAGCGGGACCUCCGGAGCCGAGGAGAAGGUCCCGGUGAUCCGACCCCGGAGACGGUCCAGCUGCGUGUCGCUGGGGGAGACGUCCACCAGCUAUUAUGGCAGCUGUAAAAUGCCCCGCAGACCCUCGUUGCCCUGUAUAUCCAGAGAACAGAUGAUCCUAUGGGACUGGGAUUUGAAACACUGGUACAAACCCCAGUAUCAGGGUGCGGUGAGUGGCAACGGCGUGGAUCUCUCAGUCAUCAACGAGGCUCGGAACCUGGUGUCAGACCUGCUGAUGGACUCGUCCCUGUCGCCCCAAACCAUCUCAGCUCUGCGCAGCAUCUCCAGCCUCAUGGGGACGUUCUCCGGCUCGUGCCGUCCCAGAGUCAACCCCUUCACCCCCUUCCCAGGUUUCUACCCCUGCGACGAGGUGGAGGAUGCUGUAGAGAGGCCGGACAGGAAAACCAUUAAGGGUUGGAGCAGCAGAAACAGCCUCCCCACCCCUCAGCCCAGGCGGAGCUCCACCUCCUCCUCCUCUGCGCUCUCUCCUCUGGAGUCCACCUCCUUACGCUGGGAGCGCAACAAUGGCAAGAGACCCCAACCCGACCUCAACCUGACCAGCUCAAGUCUGUGCAAUGGGCCCAGUCCAAACCUGCUUACCAUUCCCAAGCAGAGGUCUUCCUCUGUUACCCUCACAUACCACGCAGGGUCGAGGCGAGCCGGUGCAUCACCAAGCCUGAGCCCAGUCACCUCUCCAAGCCACAGUCCCGCUGCAGUAGGUACGAGCUCUUCAUCGUCCCUCGUCACACGGUCGCCCGUGGAGUUCCCCGACACUGCCGACUUCCUGACAAAGCCGAGCGUCAGUCUGAACCUGCACAAACCCCUGAGCUACACCUUCAGCUCACCUGAUUUCCAGCAGGCUUUCCGUGGCUCCCCCUUCCCCCUCUGCACCAGCUGCGGCCGUCAGAUGCUCAAAGGAGUUUCCAGCAGUGAUGCAGGGGAAUCUCAUCAAUCAUUCAGCAGUGAGGCUCAGCGCAGGCGCUCAGGAUGUGAUCUGGAGUUUGGCGGCGAGGCCCUGAUCAGGGAGGAGAGCGUGGAGGCGGACCCGUCUGGAGACGGGGGGCCAGAUGCUGCAGGGAACCAGGCCGACCAGAAGGAGAAGAGCACAGACCAGCAGACUCAGGAAUCAGAGGGUGAGCGGGAGUUCAGGUUGGAUCCUAUGCUGGAGGACCACGAGGCUCUCAUGGAGAGGAUGAACACUUGGAACUUCCAGAUCUUUGACCUGGUGGACAGAACGGGAGGGAAGGCCGGAAGCAUACUUAGCUAUGUGACGUACACUCUUUUCCAGGAUACAUGUCUGUUUGAAAUUUUCAAGAUCCCGGUGAGGGAGUUCAUGUCGUACUUCUUUGCUCUGGAGAACGGCUACAGGGACAUUCCCUAUCAUAACCGCGUUCAUGCUACUGAUGUGCUACAUGCUGUCUGGUACCUGACCACUCGACCAAUCCCUGGGUUCCAGCAGAUCCACAGUGAGCAUGUGACAGGAAGCGACACAGAUUCAGAUAGUGGGAUCUCUCCUGGCAGGAUAUCCUAUGCCUCCUCCAAGAGCUCCUCCAUUUCAGACGACAGCUAUGGCUGCCUGGCCUGGAACAUACCUGCCCUGGAGCUCAUGGCCCUUUAUGUAGCAGCUGCAAUGCACGACUAUGACCACCCUGGUCGCACAAAUGCCUUUCUAGUAGCCACUAAUGCACAUCAGGCAGUGCUGUACAACGACCGCUCGGUGCUGGAGAACCACCACGCUGCUUCUGCCUGGAGCCUCUACCUCUCCCAGCCCGAGUUCAACUUCCUGGUCAACCUGGAUCACGUGGAGUUCAAGCGUUUCCGCUUCCUCGUCAUCGAGGCCAUACUGGCCACAGACCUCAAGAAGCACUUUGACUUCCUGGCUGAGUUCAAUGCCAAGGUGAACGAUGUGAACAGUCCAGGUAUCGACUGGACCAAUGAGAAUGACCGACUGCUGGUGUGCCAAGUGUGUAUUAAGCUGGCAGACAUCAAUGGACCCGCCAAAGUCCGUGACCUGCAUCUCAAGUGGACAGAGGGAAUCGUCAAUGAGUUUUAUGAGCAGGGCGACGAGGAGGCUCAGCUGGGAUUACCCAUCAGCCCCUUCAUGGACCGCUCCUCUCCGCAGCUGGCCAAGCUGCAGGAGUCCUUCAUCACCCAUAUUGUUGGACCACUUUGUAACUCCUACGACGCUGCUGGCCUUCUCCCCGGCCACUGGAUCAAUGAGGCGGGGUCAGACGAAGACGAGGAUGAGGGGCAGGUGGACACAGACACAGAUGAAGACGAGGAAGAUGAGCUAGAAGACGAGCUUGCACCAAAAAGGAAGAAGAGCCACCGCAGGUUGUUCUGCAGCAUCAUGCAGCACCUGACGGAGAACCACAAGGUGUGGAAGAAGAUCAUCGACGAGGAGGAGAAGAUCAAAGAGCUCGGCAAACAGCAGCCGCCGGACAGCCUGCCCGCCAGCCUGCCUGUCUCCCCGUCAGACGACAUCCAGGUCAUCCAGGAGGAGGAGGAGGGAGACGAGCGUCAGUAGCAGGAGGAAGAAGUAAAGAACAGAGACGCGUGAAAAAAGAAGAUGACGAGAGGCACGAGUCCCUCGACCACCUGCCUAUCACUGACAUGAACACAGACAUGAGGAACACACACAGACAUUUGACAAAUGCACAUAAAACACACUUUUCUCUCUCUCACACACACACACACACAUUUAAAGAUUCACUGUGCAGACUUAAGCAGUCACAUUGAUCUUGGAGAAACAAAAAGGCCUUACUACUGUGAGCGGAUCCUUGCUGCAACGGUGGGAGCCAAACUCCUAUGCACUUUCACCCCCCAUGGAGAGUCGAGUGCACCCAGACAGAAAGAGAGGGGGAAAAGCACCAGAACUGAGGAUGACGGUGCGGAGGAAGAGAGCGGACGGGGUCCAGCGUCGACCCCAUGGUCGCCCGGCUGUGAUGCUGCCUUGAAUGCAAAGCGCUUACACCUCCCUUAGGUACAAAACAAUUCCCGUCUAUUUAAGAAAGGAAAGGUAGAGGAAAAAUAAUGAAGCGAGCGACAUCAUCGAGUGAUGGAUACCCUUUACCAAAGUGAACCGUUCAAACACGGAGAAAGACGAGAGACUGAGACUGUUUCAGCCUCAGUGUCAGGUUUAUUUUUGAAUUAUAUAUAUACAUACAUGAAUAUAUAUAUAUAUAUAUAUAUAUAUAUAUAUAUAUAUAUAUAUAUCAAAUGUGCCUGUCUGAACCUUUACUGAGUCCAUUUUGGCCCAGAGCCGAGGCUUGUGUAGUUCUCUCUUCUUGCUGGCGACACGAAACACUGUAUAAGACUCAGUCACAGAGACAUUAUUGAAAUGUUGACUGAUUAUUAGCAUUAUAUCUGCAUCAUUUUUGAUGCUUUUACUCAUGUGUACCACCUGUCUUUUAUUUUUGUUGUUCCUUUUUUGACCCUUUAACUCCCCUCGCUUCAUUUUGUCUGUGUGUGCGUGAAUAUGUUUUCGGUGGGAAUGUGAUGGAGCGAAUGAGUCGGGAGAAAGAGAGCACAUUUUUAAUUAUUUCAGUAUUUGUAAUUUGUGUGUGUGUCUUUGUGUCCUUUCAAUAAUGGUUGGUUUCUAACCAGUGAGAUGUCCUCUGGUGUUUUAACAUGUUGCAUUCAGACCAGGAGUGCUGUCUCAAUUAAUGGAUUCUUCACUUUCGUCUUUUUGAUUCUAAGUAUUUUUUUAAAGGUUACUCAGGAUUCAUGCAAAGUUGAAUAAUUAUUUUGCAAGAAUUUGUGUCAUUAAAAUGAAAAAUUCACAAAGAGAAUUAAAAAAAUCUGGGUGACUAAAGUAGUUUGUAAUAUCUCGAUGAGCAACUUGAUUACGAACCAAUCCAAGCAAUUCAAGCCUCUGUGACAAACCUUUCACCACCUCACUGGAGAGAGAAAAAAGAAGCUUAUCUCGAUCGACAGCAGACUGCAAAUGUCUCUCUCCUGCAGCAACACAACACAUCUGCACAACGUUGCUCGACAACAGUACGGAGCAAGUCAAGUUUUCUUAGUUCAACGCUCCCCGCGUUGUUUUUAAACCAACACAACGUCUGGGUGUCUGUGUUUCGCUGAGUCAGCGACGCUGACGUUCAGACAAACUUUAGAACUCACCCAUCUCCCAUUUCCUCAUUUAUUCUUUAUUUUGAGUUUUGUUACCGAACCCAUAACUCGGCCAGUGUGUAAAGAAGGGAUCCAGGGUUUCAUUUCGCUUUGGUUUUGUUUAUACAUAUCUAUAUUUUAUGAUAAAGGUUUAAAAAAAACUACUAGUUCUCUAUUUCAUUCUCUCAGAACUCUUGGCAUUCCACUAGAAAAAAACGUUUUUAUGAAAGGGAAGGCGGAUUUGUCGCCUUUUCCCCCCAACCUUAUUAAAUCAUAAUCUCUGGACAGAACGUUAAGUAAAGCAGUGUAAAUCAGGAUUGGGAUAUUUAAAGACGAAAAAGUAGAUAACGGUGUGCACAUUUUAAUACCAAACAAGUGUUUAGCCGCUGUACAAAAGAGUAUGUGCAUAUAAAUUAUAUAUAUUUUUUAAAAUAAUCAAAUGAAUGCAUCUGUUUUCUACAUGCAGCUGACAUAUUGUACAUGGAGAUCCUGUAACUGCCGUCUUGUCUCCAGAGUUUAGAACCUGCGUCUCUUCACAGGUGUGGAACUGUCAGGGUUUUUGAGUUCUGUUUCCUCACUCGCUCUCAGCCUCUCCCUGUUCUGUAUCAUAACCACUCUUGUAUUCUCCAUCAUCGCCCUCCCUCUAUCUCUGUCGACCCAACUAGUGCCAAACUUUACCUACAUGCAGUAGUUUCCUGGGCUGUGAUUGGCUGAUUCAGCGAACGUUUCUCUCCGGGCUCCGGUUCUGUUCACACAAGAGAAGCACAUUGAUUCAAAUGGUCCACUGGGUUUAAAGGGACAAUGGCAGGAGACGGAGUUGAACUCAGGUCAGAGCUGUACACAUUCUGUUUGUUCACACGGACCCACGCUGGAUCAUAAAGCCCGGGUAGCCCCCACCCGACAUGUUUCAGGCUCAUUAAGUUGUAGAACUCUGUUGGCUUCUCACUGUGCAGUCUGUCAAACCACGGUGUCCUCUAAUGAUUGUGCCAUAAAUACAUCUAUGAAUGGUUGUUUCCCUUAUGUAGCAUCGAUAUAUGUACGUUUGUCUAAUGUAACCAUUCACCCUUUAUCUACAUUGUGGGGGCAACUGAUUUUUGUUGUUAUUUAUAGCUGUCAUAAAACACCAUCCCUAAA